CGCCCCGGAAGUACCUCCCCGCGGGGCUCCGGCGUGGGCCCGCGAUCCGGGAAGUCCGCCCGGGCUGCAGGGAUGGGCCGCAGCCGGUCCCGCUCCCCACCGCGCAGGGACCGUAGACGUUCUCGUUCCACUUCCCGGGAGAGGGAAAGGAGGCGAAGGGAGCGCUCGCGGUCCCGGGAUAGGGACAGGAGGAGGAGUCGUUCCCGUUCGCCGCACAGGAGACGAUCCAGAUCUCCAAGACGGCACCGAUCCAGCUCCUCUUCCCCAAGCCGGCCUAAGGAAAGGCGAGAGGAAGAAAAGAAGGAAGUCAAAGACACUAAAGCCAAGGAGCGGCAAAUUACUGAAGAAGAUCUGGAAGGGAAGACGGAGGAAGAAAUUGAGAUGAUGAAGUUAAUGGGAUUUGCAACUUUUGACACAACAAAAGGAAAGAAAGUGGAUGGUUCUGCGAAUGCCUAUGCCAUCAACGUGUCGCAGAAGAGAAAGUACAGGCAGUACAUGAACAGAAAGGGUGGAUUCAACAGACCUUUGGAUUUUAUUGCCUGAUGUCUAGACUGGUUGGUUACUUGUGAAAAACAACCUCCGCAACAUCGGUGGCUAAUAUUUAAUUGUCUCACUGCGGCGUCUGUGCUGUGCUUCCAGAGACAGGACCUCAGCUUCCCUCCAUAAACCAAGAUCAGCUUAUUUAUGACGAGUCCAGAGACACUUGAUCUGCCAUGCAGGAAGAGAGGGUAAAAAUGCAGUUUUGUAGAAAUGCUGGUUUUGAAAGCACUCACACUUGUUUUGUUCCCUACCAGGAUUUCUUGUGAGCUGUAUUUUUCGUGUCCUCCAUGUGGUGCGUUUUGUUGCUUUGAUUUGUUUUAUUUUUAACCAUAUUGGAUGUAUACAAUAAAGCAGUGUAUCUAUU